UUCUAUGCUUUAAGCUUUAACCUACAAAUGUAAUCAAUGUAAAUAAUAAACAAAUGUAAAAAACCGGUUUUGAUUUAUGCAAUUUGAGCAAAUAAUUAUAACUUGAAUCAUAAUUAAAAAAAACCUCAUUACUGAGAAUAAAAAUAGACAAGUUAUAUUUAUAUUCGCUGACGCAUGUUAAUCGCAUAAACAAACUAUUUUAAAGAAAUGGCUUCACGACUGAGCAAUAAACGAAAAAUUAAGUCUCUUAUAACAGUUACCACUUCUGGUAUAGCGUUAAGUGGAGGCUUAUUGCUUUAUCAAGGCAACGAAAAGUUCUUUAAUCAAGUGGUGAUGCCUGUCACACGACUACUAGAUCCAGAGGUAGCUCAUAAUUUUGGCAUCAAAGCUGCGAAAUGGGGUUUAUUGCCCACACAAAAAAUUCAGGAUCCCGUUUCACUGAAAACAACUCUCUGGGGAUUGCAAUUCGACAAUCCACUUGGAAUGGCUGCUGGUUUUGAUAAGCAAGGCGAAGCGAUUCCAGGUCUGCAAAAAAUGGGCUUCAGCUUUGUGGAAAUAGGUUCUGUCACUCCACAGCCGCAAUUAGGAAAUCCAAAACCUCGAGUUUUUAGAUUAUUAGAGGACACUGCAGUGAUAAAUAGAUAUGGAUUCAACAGCGACGGACACGAAGUAGUUUACAAUCGUCUAAAGGAAGUGAAAGAAGAUCCGAAUUUCGAAGGAAUCGUAGGCGUAAAUUUAGGCAAAAACAAAUUAUCCGAGGAUGCCGCUUUCGAUUAUAUGGAAGGUCUUCGUAAAUUCUCCGACCUCGCCGACUAUUUUGUUGUCAACAUUUCCAGUCCAAAUACUCCGGGUUUAAGAAAUCUUCAAAAUAAAAAUAACUUGCAUAAUUUGUUACUAAAAUUAAACGAGACACGAGAGACACUCAAAAAGCAGACUCCACUUCUUCUGAAGUUAGCACCCGAUUUAACUGAAGAAGAGAGACAAAAUAUCGCGGAAGUUGUGCUAAAUAAAAAAACACAAGUCGACGGACUUAUCAUAUCGAACACGACAAUCGAUCGUUCUCAUUUGAAGAGCGUGAACAGAGAUGAAAUCGGUGGCCUCAGCGGUAAACCAUUGACUCAAACGUCAACUGAAAUGAUCGCCGACAUGUUUCAACGUACAAAGGGAAAAGUUCCCAUUAUCGGAGUCGGAGGAAUUUUCUCCGGAAGUGACGCCUAUGAGAAAAUUAAAGCUGGCGCCUCUCUAGUCCAGAUUUAUACCUCAUUUAUUUACCACGGACCUCCAAUCGUUGGGAAAAUUAAGGAUGAAUUGAAUAAACUCCUCCUUCAAGACGGUUAUUCUUCUCUUUCUGAAGCUGUGGGGAAAAAUUCAAAUUCAAGUACAAAGUAGAAUCUAAUAUUUUAAAAGCCUAUUUUUAUAAAUAUAAAUAAAUAAAAUUUUGUAUUAAUUGUAAGAUUUUCUGUAAAUAAUUGUUAAAACUUUUAAUACCAUUGUUAACAAAAUGUAUCUUGAUUUUUAUUGAUCGAUUAAAGAGUUGAAUAAUUUAUAAA